AUGUCGGCGAGCGCGGCGAGCGCGUCGGCGUCCGCGCCGCGCGCGCACGCCUCGCGGCGCACGUCCUCGCGAAGCCAUCGCGUCGCGGCGUCGACGCCGUCGUCCGCGGCGUCGCGGCGACGGCGCGAACGCGCCGCGUCGGCUUCGUCGACGUCGUCGGAUUCGACGCCGUCCGCGCCGUCCGCGCUCGCGACCGGCGCGGCGUGGGACGACGCGUGGGGCUCGAUCGCGGACGAUCCGGACACGCGCGUGGCGUACGUCGACGACGCAGAUCGCGACAGCUUGCGCGCGACGCUCGCGGCGUCGUCCCUCCGCGAGGCUCUGGCGGGCGCGGACGUGGGCGAGACCAUCGUCUCCGGCGUCCUCUCCACCUCCGCGCCCAUCGACGUCCGAGGCGUCUUGAACCUCCCGCGCGAGCUCCUCCGCGACAGCGAUCACUACUCCGCCGCGCUCCCGGGUCUCGAGGCGAUCGAGCGCGACGUCGCGGCGAUCGUGGAGCGGUACGGCGUCAUCGCGCGCGCGAGAUCCGCGCGCGUCCACGUGUCGCUUCUGCGUCGCACGCUGUGCUCGAAGUUCCACGUCGACCACGUGCCCCUGCGCGUGAUGGUGACGUAUUUCGGCGCGGGGACGGAGGCGCGUUCACUACACUGGUCCCCAUACGACCGCGUCGGCGUGGUGAACGCCGAUCCUUAA